UGCGCAUCCGAUCGACGUCUGCCGGACGUCAUACCAGAUCUACAUUCAACAGAACAAACAGAAUACUUAUUUAUCAACAUGAAGAGCCGCCAACAUUGCCUCGUGCUCAGUGUCUCUUGUCAACCGAAACAUCUCAGCCGACAUGAUCGACCAACAUUUGCAGACUCGAAGCUCCCUCGAGCAUUCGAAGGUCGAGAUAAUAACUUUGAACCCCACGGAGAACCCCAGGAAUUGGCCGACAUGGAAGAAAUGGACUGUUGUCGGUGCUAUAACGCUGGUUGAUCUAUCGGUAUCUUGGGGAGCUUCAGGAUACAGUCCCGCAACAGCCAAGUUCGAGAAAGACUUUGGAGUUUCUAGUGAAGUAGGAACUCUGGGAUUGAGUCUAUAUGUUCUGGGGUUGGCUUUAGGGCCUAUGUCUAUCGCACCACUGUCGGAAUACUUCGGAAGAACACCACUUUACAUCAUUCCAUACGGAUGUUUCCUUCUCUUCCUCAUGGGUACUGCCUUGGUAGAAAAUCUUGGUGGUUUCUUACCUCUCCGCUUCUUAUCAGGCUUCUUCUCGUCUGUCACUGUUGCCAACUUCGGAGGAACAAUCGCAGAUCUGUGGGAUGUUCGGCACACUGGUAUUCCCAUGUCUAUCUUUCUAUGGGCAGCGACCUGUGGAUCACCAUCUGGUUACUUUUUAAUGUCCUGGGUGGCUCAAUAUCGCGGCUGGAGAGAUGUCUUUUGGGCAUUGCUGGGCAUCUGCGGCGGUUUCUGGAUCAUCAUGUCUGUCACGUUACUAUGGGCUGGUGAGACAAGGCACAGCAUCAUCCUCCUUCGUCGUGCUAAAGCCGAGAGACGUCGCACGGGUCGGGAAAACAUCAAUGUGCCUGAGCAUAUGAGGCAACGCGGCGUCCGACAGCUCUUCCGUACUGCCUUGACGCGACCCUUUCGAUUUUUGUUCACGGAAGCAAUCGUCGUCUUCGCAGCGGUAUACAACGGCUACCUCUACGGCUUGAGCUUCUUGUUCAACGGUGCUUUUAAUAUCAUCUUUGGACCCUCUGGCAAAGGGUUCGAGACGUACCAGGUUGGACUUACAUUUCUCGGCAUCUGUGUUGGCAUCUCUCUGGGCCCCUUGACAAACAUCUGGCAAGAGAGGUACUACCAGAAACGAGUCGGUCGUGCGGGAGGUACCAACAUCCCAGAAGCACGUGUACAGCUUGGCCAACUCGCCGGAGUUACAUUUCCUAUCAGCUUGUUCAUCUUCGCAUUCACCUCAUAUGUCCGGCUCAGCUGGGUUGGUCCUGUGGUUGCCAGCGGACUAUGGGGUUGGAGCUUCUAUACUUUGAUCCUCAUGACGUACGAUUAUGUUGAGGAUAGCUAUGGCAUGUAUAGUGCAUCUGCUCUUGCAGCGGUGGGUCUGUCGAGAAAUCUCAUGGGUGCUGGAUUCCCUCUUUUUGGCAGGCAGUUGUAUACCCAAGUCGGUGGAUAUCAAUACGCGAGUCUGAUAUUGGCUUGUUUGGCUCUUUUGCUGAUGCCGAUUCCAUUCGUUUUGAGCAGAUAUGGUUUAAGGUUGCGCCAGAGGAGUCCUUGGGCGAGAGAAAUGAUGGAGCAUGACGGGCAGUCAGCGGGUAAACCCGACGAAGUAGCUCUCGAAGACGAAGAGAAAGCUAGUCAGUAACAUAUAGAUAAAUGCCAGAACGAUGAACACGGCGGAUU